AUGGCUCGAACCAAGCAGACGGCGAGGGCUUCCACCAGCGGGAAGGUACCACGCCGCGCUAUCGCCACUAGGGCCGCCCGCCGUUCAGCGGGCAUGUGGCGAGAGAACGGCCAGGACGUUACCGAAAGGGCGUCUCAUGGCGUGAAUUGCCCCUUCAUCGACUUCGAAGACCCAAGUAAUGCCGAACAUCUCCCUGACCUUUGGGAGCACGCGGGACGUUCCGACGUCUCCGCGCUUCGGUACCAAGUAGGAGAUGGUUCUUUCCGAAUCAAAUAUAACAGGGGUUUCCGGUAG